AUGUCUUACCCUUCAAACCACCCUAUCAACGCAGUUAGUCUUCUCCAAAGAGAUACCCCUUUCGGAAACAUCCUCUUCUUAGCCGCUGCUUCGGAAGCUUCCGUAUUUUACCUAAAAAGAGUGAGGGCGCUGAAAAGUGCAAAGGUCAGCUUGAAUGACGACAUCCGUACAAGGACAGGCGUGUACCAUAAGAUCAUGGAGACCAUAUAUUCCCCUGCUCAAGUGUAUCAAUACCAGUUACCACCUGUUACUUGCAAAUGGUGCAUAUAUGUCCCCCAAAAAACGCCGCGAACAAGCGUGGCCAAAUCUAAACGCUAA